AUGCUGUGGCACUCGGGGAGGCUUGGGAAAUAUUUCGACUUUACCUGGCCAGUGGUUUCCACUAUUGAAUGCAUCCUGGCAAUAUGGUUUGGAUUAAAUGCAAUUAUCUGUGCUGUUAACUAUAUGUGGCCUACACUUGGAUGCACAACGAUAGAAUUGACCAUGAUACAACAACGGUUGCUUAGAAUCAAAGGAAAUGAGCCAGGAUUCAGGACCUUCCUGCCACGGCUCUUCCGAUCGUCGGCGUCUCGGACCUCUGCUACGCUCUACUCCCAGGGGUCGCCACUCAUGUGCUCGUCGUCGUCGCCGUAUCGCAAUCAUUCGCUGCACGCGUCGGCCGGCUACAGUCCAUCUCGCAGCCCGGGACACCUCAGUCUGCAUGGACAAUCAGCAAUUAACAGAGUUAGCCCUGGAAGAUCUGGGACAUUCCAGCGACACAGCCCGGUUGGUGGCGCCCCCUACAGCCCCGGCGACAGCCCGUACACGCCGUCCGGGAGCCCCUACUCGCCUAGCGGAGCGUACGAGCGCUACAGCCCCUCGGAGGCAUCACCGUACAGCCCGGGGUCGACACCAGUGAGUAGCUCGUUCGUGCGACGCAGUCCGGGCAGCGGCAACGCGGCCAGCCCCGGCGUGCUGAGGACCAGGAGCUUCUCGCGGAUGCAGCGAGGCUCGAAUUCGACGGUGUCGCCGAUCUUCGCAGAGAGUCCGGACAGCUUCAGAGUGCACUACCAUGGUUCUCCCAGCCACUCACCAGCGGUAUUGACAUCGGAUGGUGCCUUUACUGAUGUGAACACCCUAAACUGCUUUCUUCAUGAGGAAACGACCAAGGACCAAAUUCAGCAAAUCAGCAACCUGGAGGCGUCGUCAGCGAGUCAGAGCCAGUCGUUCUGGAGCUAUGGGAAGACUCCGGAUUAUACGCAGCUGCUACGCAAGUUCCAGUACCAGGCGUCGAGUCGGCUGCCCCACCACGCGUCGUUGUCAUCGUCGUCGCACAAGGACGAUGAUGUCGACACACGCACGACGUACGAGGAAAGUGAGGUGUGGUCCAAGCUGGCGAUACACAGGGAGACACUCGACCGUUGGACAGAAAACAUCAGGAAGUGGCUGUGUCAGACGAUCCUGGUGCGACUCAUAGCUGAGAUUGGCAGCAUCAACGAUGACUUGGACCGACUCGGGUGUGGCGAGAUCAAGAUAGGCGAUGUCAGCAUCUCGUCACUGCGGCAAAUAAGUCUCACCAGAGGGCAGCACAUCCCAACGCUGAACACCGUUCUUCCCUACCUGGACGUGACGUCGAACCAGGAGUACUUGGUGAACAGGAUACGCGAGCUGGGCAGCGGAGGGUGCAUGAGCGAGUAUCGGUGGAAUGGAGGCGGCAGCUUCAAGGGGAAACCCUGGGAUGAACACCUGAUCAGUGAUGCUGGGAUUGUGAUGCACAUGCUGUGCACCUACCUGGAUGGCCGGCUGCCACCGCAUCCCAAGUACCCGGACGGUCGCACCUUCACCAGCCAGUACUUCGUCAAGACUCCGGACAAACCCA